ACACGCGCGCAACGCAUAUAUCUUGUUGAAAACCAAAGCAAAAACGUUAGUGGUAGCAAUCUUCCAUGGAAACCAAGCGUUUUGAAGGAGAGGUCGAACCCUAUUGCAAGUGGCAAUAUGGGGAAAAGUGUGACAUUCUUGUGGCCCAUCUUCAUGGUUUCGUAGAAAACGACGUAAAAAUAGAACCCAAAAGGAGUCAGGACCGGAUGAUCUUAACACUUACUGGAGAACGGCCUUUGGAUGGAACCCGUACGACAUGGAAGAAAUUGAGAAAAGAGGUGGAAAUCUCAAAGUACAAGGCAAACGCAAUCAAUUGUAAAUUUGAAGGUGGCAUUGUUAGGAUAACGAUGCGCAAGAAAUCUUCUUGGGCUGCCAAAUUUGAUCUGCUUAGGUCAAACAUAAUUGUGAAAAUCAUUAUAUGGUUUGCUUUGGGAGUCAUUAUUGGGGUUUGUGGCCGCUGCUACAUAAAAAGAAUAUAUUAAAUCAUUAUUUUUAGAGGAAAGGAAGUGUUUGCUGUGUCACAAACGAUAUAUAAAAUGAUAGGAAAAUGUUACUCUUUCUUCUGGUGGCUCACGCUAAGAGUUACCGUUGUGACUUUUUAUUCUUUUAUUAUUAUUAAUUUUUAUUUAAUCAUUAAGUAA